UUCGAAAUAACGGUCCUUUUAAAUGAUCCCAGACUAAUUCCUCCUAAAAUGCCCUUCAAUUUAAUCAAAGUUUUCUUCAGUCCCUUUGAGUUCGUUAUAUCUAAAUUCGAUUUUAAUUAUUAUUUUUUUAUAAUAUUUAAAAGGUUUUCUCAAAAACUUCAAUGGAACAAUUAAAUCAAAAAUCAAUUUUAUUAACUUCUUACCUCGAAUUUUUACUUGAAAAUAAUAAAUUUAAUCAACAAAAAGGCAAUUUAAUUAAUUUUAUUCAAAUAACACCAAAAGAUCACAACCAAAGAGGAUGCCAAUUAUCUUUAAAAUUUAAUUGCCAAAUUGAUAAAAUUCAUAAAAAAUUGUCAGAAAGAGGAAUUGUGGUAAAAAAUAAAAUGAAAAUUUAUUUUUAAGAUCUUUUUUUAAUUUAUUAAAAAAAUAAUUAUUGAAUUAUUUAUUUAAAUAAUUUUAAAAAAUCAUAAAAUUUAAAUAAUCAAAAAAAUAUUUUUUUAUUUUUUAUGUUGAUAAACGCAAUCCAAAUGUAAUUCGAGUUUCCCCAGCACCUCUUUAUAAUACAUUUAUGGAUGUUUGGUUAUUUGUUCAGACACUCGAUGAAGUUAUUAAUUUAACAGAAAAUGAAAUGAUUUUGGAGGAAAAAGAAAAAAAUAAUAAAAAUUAACGAACAAAAAUAUAUAUUUUGUAUUUAAUUUGAUAAAAUUAAAAAUUUUAUA